UGCACCUACCCGCUGACAAAGUAUUUUGAUUGGUGUGGCUGCCUCGGGACAGUUGUUGGUAGGAAGUAGCCUACAGAUUCUGCCCGCACUCUCACUCAGCUCAAUACCGCUGUAGAAAUGUGAUGGAUUAGAGAAAUAUGUGCCACGGUUGUCAAUAUGUUGUUCCCCGGCGUUUUCUAUGCGCUUCUGGCGGGGUUUCUCGGGGCUGUCGCAUCUUCAUCUGCAAAGCUGUCACUUGGAGCCGAUUACCUAAAAGGUGUAUGUGAAACGGGGCUACGAACAUGGGGAGAGCAGCGGAAAUUUAGACAACCUGGCGAAACUACCGCUUGUGACUGGCUACACAUCCCACUGAGGCUGCUUUGUGGGGGGCUGCUCUUCACCUGUAAUGCUGUGAUGUGGACGUUCCUCGCUAAGGCGCUCAGGUACUCUUCCUCCUCCACCCGAACCACUGUGACCACUACCGCUUCCAACUUCGUAUCUUCCGCCUUUUUGGGGCAGCUUAUCUUUGGGGAGACCCAGAUUGCGUUGUGGUGGGUGGGAAUCUCCCUCACGUUCUCUGGCCUCGUGGUGCUUCAGAGGGCGGCCCCCAACGACCGAGCCAGGAAGGACGAAUGACAACCUGUCGGAAGGCACAACUCAUUAAGUGAUCUAGAAAGAAACUAGUAAUGCAACCUGUAGCCUACUAUCUGUGACAAACAAUGGCAUUUCUCGGGUGAAUGGCAGCCAGGGCAACUUUGGAAGGGAAAGCACUGUCAAAACAUACCAUGUAAGGAACAUAGAGUGAUUUAUCGUUUGAAACACUUCGACAUCCUCAGCAACAUGCUUGCAUUCUCCGCUUCAGAUCACAAAAGCGUACAUUUUGCUCACCUAUCCUAGACUUCCACACCAACAUUGCGUCAUCGCAUGCUCAAGGUGAUGCGUGAACCCGAAGUGAUAAGUCUCACAAAUGCUGCUACUGCUAGACAUGCGCAAAUACUGCAAACACAUAGAUUUUCUCAUCGCUUACUACAGCAUCACACAUGACGUGGCUCAGAGAAUACACUUCAUGGCCUUGAACUUCUGUUGUGUCAUGUUUAUAGCCAAAUAUAUUGAGUUACUGACCCUCACACAUGUUUUGUGGAUUCUGAGGAGAUUUGGCCUUGCCUGCCUUUUUAUAGCAAAUGUCUAAAAGAAAGUUCCUAACAAGGUCUAAACCCAAGUAAGUCAAACCAAAGUACACAAAUAUGUUGAUCCUGCCUGGUAUCCACUGUAACCACAGCAAGGCUCUGUCAAUGCAAUGUGAAGUCAAACUGCUAAAGUGGCCCGAAAAAAUCCUAGUGACCUUCUCAGCUGCCUGUAAAGUGAUACGGUUUAGUUCACUCCAAAAUCAAAAUAUGUAAGACAUUUUCAAACCUCAAAAGUGGUCUAAUGUCGAGAUGAGACCAACUCCAAUGAAUGGAAAGGAUAGGCACCGUCUAACUUAAUAAUUUUUAGAGGGUGCCUGUCUUUCCAAUUCAUUUCCAAUUCAUUUGGAGUUGAGGUACAGAGCUGGAUCUACACAGUAGACGGCCUGGACUUCUUGACAUUAGCCCACGUCUGACCUCAACUUAAAUGUUGGAGUGAACUAUCGCUUAUUCCCUUUGGCAGAAGGGAAUUAAUUUGACUUAAUUCUGACUUAAUAGGGUGUCCAAACAACAAUUACUCCAAUGUCUGGCCUUUUAAUUGAGUGCCACCAGCUUUUGUGUUUCAGCUGUAGACCUGUAUAAUGUCCAUCCUAGUUUUCCAUUGCAAUUAAACCCAGUUUGAGGUUAUCCUCGGGGUAAGGGAACCAUCCCGUAGCACAGUCCCUCCCUCUGCAUCUUCCAAGACUUCCAAAAGGUCAAACGUUGCUGUGGGGUUUUCGAACCAAACUACAGAAAGUGGUGUUCUAUAACUAGCAUGUUUGUACUCCAACAGUGUACUUCCCUGACAUUCCUUAACACUGUGAUGUGCUAUUGUGGAAAUGGGCUUUGUGCGUAAUACCGACAACAAACGUUACUGUAGACAGGAGUUUGACUUUACAACUUUACUAUACGAUCAAACGUUGCUGUUUUUUUUUUUAUACAUAUCAAAUGCAUGCAACAACUAAUAGUAGCUACCUGUAUUCUGACUGUAUCUAUUAGACGAUGAUGAUGUCUCUGUAUAAAUGCACAACGCACACUAUGAAAUCGGUUCUCCAUCCAGUUGCAGUACAUUACAGACUGCAGGUUGUGUGUGUAAUGUAAUCUACUUCCCUGGCAAUGUGACUAUCUAUGCUAUUGAAUCAGAACGGGAGAAAUUGGUGCCGAACAUUUCUCCUGUGUUCUCAAGUCAGAUCAACAUUUACCUGUGACGCCACCGUCACCGAGGGCAAGAGGAAUCAAAUGCAUUAGAAUAGUGGUUACAUGAAACUUAUUUUGUUCGCCAGCCCCUGAAUGGGUCACAUUUGUUUGAACGAGUAUACUGUAGAUAUGGAUAUUAUAAACUGUAGAGAUUAGUUUGGGAGGUGCAUAUGACUGACCUGAUAAACUCUGUGUUCCUGAUUAGUGCAGCACGGGGGCCCUACAGGAGGAAUAAUAAAGGGAAUGUAUUAUAAAUAAAAAUGUAUUAUUAA